GGAAACUACCCUACACUGUCACGACUGCCACACUGUUCACCCCACCUACUCACUCCGUGCACAAACCACCAUGUUCCCCUCACAUACAUUUCCCCCUCCUCAAUCAUCAACCUCCCCCCUCUACCAGCACUCUCAACAUGACUUCCACCUCCAACGCGAUCCCUCAAGCCGCCAUAAUCGACGAUAAAACCCCUCACAUCCUCCCAUUCAUUCUACAUUACCUAUCGCUACACCAGAAAACCCAUCCCACGCGUCCCUUCAUCAUCGGUCUCAAUGGAAUCCAAGGAGCCGGAAAAACGACCCUCGUGAACACGCUCUACGAAAUCCUGACUCGAGAUCACGGUCUCGAAACUCUGGUAUUGAGUAUCGACGAUUUAUAUUUAACUCGAGCGGAUCAAGAGAAACUAGCUAGGGAAAACGAAGGAAAUAAACUCGUGCAGUAUAGAGGAGAACCCGGAACCCACGACAUCCCACUCGCGCGCAGCCUCUUCACCUCCCUCCUGCAAUCCCCUCCGCUCCCCACCCCCAUCCCCUCGUACGACAAAUCCCUGCACUCCGGACUCGGCGACCGCUCUCCGCAUUCCCGCAUCGUGAACGAUACCUCUCAACACCAGCGACCUAUCCAAAUCAUCCUCUUCGAAGGCUGGUGCGUUGGAUUCCGUUCCCUGCCGCCCACCAGCGUAUCUCUCCUUCACAAAAACAGUCUCGCUCUCCCCUCCUCCUCCUCCCCCACCACACUCCGCGAUCAUCCACUCUCCUCCCUCCUAUUCAUCAAUCAGAAAUUAAAAGACUAUGACAUCAUCACCGACACCUUUGACAUAUUCAUCCACAUCGAUGCGCUAGACACGCAAUACGUAUACGAAUGGCGUCAAGAGCAAGAACAAGCAUUGCGACGAGAAAAAGGAACGGGAAUGACAGAUGAACAAGUCAAAACAUUCGUCGAUGGAUAUUAUCCCGCGUAUGAGUUAUAUCUAGACGGAGUGCGACGGGGGAUUUUCAGAGGCGGCAAACUGGGCGAAGAUUGGGAAGGGAGACAGUUGAGAUUGGUCGUGGGGAAAGACAGACGAGUGGUACAAGUGGAAAAGGUUUGAAUUGGUGAAAUGUGAUGUUCAUUUUUUGAGGUAGGCUUUGAGGGUUCUCAUGACUCGUAGAAUAGAUAGACUCCUGUGAAAUUAUAACUCGCCCCAACUGGUCACCCAUAAGAGGUCCUGAAAAUAUUAGAAUCGGAAAUUAAUGCUAGACAUGAGCCCAUGAUAAAAGUUAGAAGGCUAUCAUCCGACAAAUUAUGAUAUCAAGGACAUAUUUACCAACUAUGUUGAUUAGUACAUCAGUAUAUCAAAAUCUCUAAUUUAAAGUUAAACUCGUGACA